UGACUUUUUUUUUUUUUUUUUUAAGGAAAACGACUUGGUCACUUGUUUGCAUGGAGAAAGUGCACGAAGCAUUUGCUAACAGCAGUAAGAAAUUUGUAAAAGCCGGACAGAAAUGUGUGUAAAAAUGCACACUUGCGAAGCCGGAAAGGAGUGCCGAAAUACUUCUCUGGCACAGCAGAUGAGAAAAUGCGUUCGGGCGAUGCCGUUUCUGAAAGUAUGGAUCCUGGAGUUUGCAUGCCGGCACAAGAUACUUCAAGUCCUCAAAGGUUUACCUUUUGACAUACUACAAGAUCUUGCAAAGAAUGACAUAUUAGGUCUUCGAUUUGUUGUAUUAGCCUUCUGGUCAAUGCUUCAGAACCAGAACUUGGAAAACUUGCAAAGGUUAUUGGACUUUCUGGAGAUGAUUCGUAAGCAAAUACCUGAUCUUGUCAGUUACAGACAUUAUAUAAAAAUCAGUAUAGGCCUGAAAGCAAAGAUUAUUCUGAAUAUGUUUGAGAGCCAGAAGCAUUUAUUGGAUAUAGUAAACCUUCUCAAUGAUUUCUUCCCAGAAGAGUUUUUUCUUGAUUCCCUUGCUACAAAAAGAGAUGUGCAGAAAGUGAAGCCAUGUCAUCAACAGUUCCGUAUGCUGAUUUUGAAAAUGCUUCACGAUGAGAAUUUCCGCCAACAAUACAUUCAGAACGACUUGAAAAAGGAGUAUGGAGAGCUGUUUACAGCCGCCCUAGAAAAGAGACUUAUAGAGUAUUUUGAAAGACUUGAAAGUGUAUUACCAGAGCCAGAACUGAGUAAGUUUAUGGUGAGUGAAAUUGAAAUUGACAGCUUGAACGAAGAGGAAAUGAUACUGACUGAGCUUUUACAAAAUCACUGCAUCCCAUGCAUUUUACAAAUGUUUCUCGAAUGUAUUAUGGAACUGGAGAAUGAAAAGGAUUCAGCAUUGAAUCUGAUCAGAUGUCAAGAGAACAAUCACAUUUCACAUACUACAAAUUUAAAAGUACCCUUGAAGACUAUGAACCAUCCUUUUGUAUUGUCAAAAGAAAAUGAAAAUGAGUAUUGUAGCCAAUGUGAAGAUGCACAUAACCAUGAUAUAUCUGAAUCAAACUGUUCAAAUCAAUCUGAAAUUUUAAGAAUGGAAGAUUUACCAGAAAAAAUGGACAGAAUCGGUUCAAAAGUUGAUUGCCAUCAAGAAGGUCCUAUCAUGGAAUCUACUGAAAUUGUGGAUCUCCAUUCUUACUCUAAGUGUAGUGAUGAUCUUUUUAAUGAUUCUGACCAACAAGUAAAUUCUAAGGAGACCUUUCCAGUAAGUGGAAAUACAGUGGAUAAACCAGUUCUCUGUAAUCAAGAAAGUGAAACAACUCUGGAGAAACCAUUACCAAAUGUUACUUUGAAAACAGCAUCUGCUAGUAAUAUUGCAUCUUGGCUUGGUAAUGUUCCACAAAGUGUUGACUGUCAAGACUUUGAAGAUAUGGAUUUGAUCUGUCUUGGGGAUGCCAACUGUAUGUAUGUCCAAUAUGUCCAAGAGUUGCCAACUAAUCCAACUUCUUUACAACUCAGUGAAAAUAUUCCAUUAACUGAUAGCGAAACUCCAAUAGCAGCAAUUACUUCGACACCUGUGUUUUCAGUACUUAAUAUGGAUUGUUCCUCAUUUGAAGAAUCAGAUGAAAAUCUAUCCCCCCCAGACCCAUUUCAGUCUCAGAAACAAAGUCAAUUGCGAGCCAACCAAGGUAAGAGCCUACCUAAACAAAACACUUUGGAAAAAGCAAACAGAGACUCAAGUAAUGCUGAAACCUGUAUGCCUUUCAGAACUGAGGAAGGAAAAGUUGAAUUAUUUAGGGCUGUAAAAAAAAUGCAUCCUAUUGGUCUGACUUGUCCAAGCAGGUCCUUAGAAAAAGUUAACAAUUGUGAUAAUAUCAGACAUGCACCAGACACAUUCUGUGGCUCAAAUUGUUCAAAUGAAAGCAACACUGGCAUAAUUCAGAACAACCAGGUUCACAGCUAUGGUAGUGAAGUGGAUGGAAUUGGUGAGUUAUGUGAUAUGAGGACUCUGGCAUGUGGAAACUCUAGUCUUAUGCACAAUACUAAAUUGGACAGAUCUGCCAGUGAUGAUGCUUUACUGAUUAAUGAUGUCAGAUAUGAGAGACUUCCAUCUAAUAGACAGAAUCCUCUGCAAGAUUUUGUUAACCUUCAACCUGUUGUCCUUUUGUCAAGGCUGGUUUUUGACACUCCUUUCCAUGGGCCUUCCACAGGGGACAAAGUCCACUCACUUCUCACUAAUAAGACAGAGUGUAGUUGUGUGCCAGAUUCAACCACUACAAAAUGUCAAAAUUGCAUUGAUGAAAACUAUAAGUUUCUCCAUCGGUCUGUAAAUACACGUACCAGGACCUUUGCAGAGAAAUCUGCAAAUGUUUCCCCAGUUUCCACCAGCGAGUCAUCCUUUACAGAUCUUAGUGAUGCUGAGUACAAGCCAUAUACUCGUUCAAAAGUAAGAAAAAAAUCAAGGCUUCAAAAACGUAAAUUAAAAGUGACUUAUAAAAGACAAAAAUUAACACUUUUGUAAUUGUUUUCCCUAAGGAUAAAUAAUAGUGAAAAC